AGCGGUUGUGACUCAAGCUCUGCGAAUUCAGUUAGUCUACUACAACUAUGAAUGCAUUGUGAGUGGCUUGUGGGCAACAGUAGAAGACAUUUAUUUGGCAUUUGUUUCUUUUUUCGUCGCCAAUGCAAAAGGAAAUAUGCAGCGACGACUUACCUUGGUCUUUGUUAGUUUUUGUGUUGGGUUUUGCGCUGGUUCAAGUUUCCCAAGUAAUAUAAAUAUAGGGGGAUUGUUCCCAAACGGCUCCCACGAAUAUGAGGUUUUUCGGUUUGCACUCUCUCAUCACCAGGAUAUCCCCAAACUGGUACCACAAGUGGACAUGGUCGACACAGCAAGCAGCUUUGCUAUGACAUAUGCAUUUUGUUCACAGUUUUCCAAAGGAGUCUACGCCAUCAUUGGAUUGUAUGACAGGAAGACCAUGAACAUGCUCAUGUCGUUCUGCGGGGCUCUCCACGUCUGCUUUGUGACACCCAGUUUCCCAAUUGAAACCAACAACCAGUUUGUGAUCCAGCUGAGACCGGAGCUUCAGGAGCCCCUCAUUGCCCUGAUUCAUCACUACAAAUGGACCAAGUUUGUCUACAUGUAUAGCUCUCAUUCAGGCCUGACAGUGCUACAGAAGAUUCUGGAUACAGCAGCAGAGAGGACAUGGCAGGUGACAUCAGUGAACCUGGACAGUGGUAUGGAUCAGACGGCCUUCCUGAAGGUGGUUCAGGACCUAGAGAAGAAGAAGGAGUACAACAUCAUCCUGGACUGUGAGCUGGAGAGACUCAACUUGAUCCUCAACCUGAUCGCUGCUCAGAAGAAGAACCUGAAAAAUUACCACUACAUAUUGGCAAACCUGGGCUUUUUGGACAUGAACUUCACUGAGUUCCAGAAGAGUGGUGCCAACAUCACCGGGUUCCAACUAAUGAACUACUCAGACGAAAAUGUCAGCAAGGUCAUAGAGGAGUGGGUGGACUUUGACAGCAAAGACCUUAAGCUACCCAAGAGAAGACUGAAGUACACAGGAGCCCUCACAUACGACGGAGUGAGUGUCAUGGCAACCGCCUUUCAGAACCUCCGGAAGCAACGUAUUGACAUCUCCCGGCGAGGCAACGCUGGCGAGUGUCUGGCCAACCCACCAGCUCCCUGGGGCCAAGGUAUCGACAUCCAGAGAGCCCUACAGCAGGUUCGAAUUGAGGGCUUGACUGGACAUGUCCAGUUUAACGAGAAAGGCCAUCGGACCAACUACACGGUCAGCGUCAUGGAGCUGAGCCCGAGUGGACCGCUGAAGGUGGGCUACUGGAAUGAGAAUGAGAACUAUGUGAACACAGCGGUAUACACACCAGUGGUUGAAGAGUUCUUCGGACUGCAAAACAGGACCUACAUAGUGACCAGUAUCCUUGAAUCUCCAUAUGUGAUGCUGAAGAAAAAUCACGAGCAGCUGGUGGGGAACGAUAAGUAUGAGGGCUAUUGUGUGGAGCUGGCCGCCGAGAUCGCCAAGCAUGUGGGCUACACCUAUAAACUGGAGAUCGUAGGGGAUGGAAAGUACGGAGCCAGAGACGCUGAGUCCAAGAUGUGGAACGGGAUGGUGGGCGAGCUCGUUUAUGGGAAAGCAGAUGUAGCAGUAGCCCCGUUGACCAUCACCCUGGUGAGGGAGGAGGUGAUCGACUUCUCCAAGCCCUUCAUGUCCCUGGGCAUCUCCAUCAUGAUCAAGAAGCCCACCAAGUCAAAACCUGGAGUCUUCUCCUUCCUCGACCCACUGGCCUACGAGAUCUGGAUGUGCAUCGUGUUUGCCUACAUCGGUGUGAGCGUGGUUCUCUUCCUGGUCAGCCGCUUCAGCCCGUACGAGUGGCAGGGGGACGACUCAGAGGGAGAGGAGGGCCAGGAGCAGCAGCAGAGACAGCAGUCAUUCAGUCCCAGGAGAGAGGCAGGACAGUCCCAGUCCCAACCGGGCCAAAACCAGGGCCAAGGACAGGGCCAGUCCCAGUCCCAACCGGGCCAAAACCAGGGCCAAGGACAGGGCCAGAGCCAGAGUGAGGGGCACACCAAUGAGUUUGGGAUAUUCAACAGCUUGUGGUUCUCGCUGGGCGCCUUCAUGCAGCAGGGCUGUGACAUCUCGCCAAGGUCCCUCUCUGGUCGUAUUGUAGGGGGAGUGUGGUGGUUCUUCACCCUCAUCAUCAUCUCGUCCUACACGGCCAACCUGGCUGCCUUCCUCACCGUGGAGAGGAUGGUGUCGCCCAUAGAGAGUGCCGAGGACCUGGCCAAGCAGACGGAGAUCGCCUAUGGUACUCUAGACGGAGGCUCCACCAAAGAGUUCUUCAGGAGAUCGAAAAUAGCCGUAUUUGAGAAGAUGUGGUCCUACAUGAAGUCUGCCGACCCGUCAGUGUUCGUGAAGACCACAGACGAGGGCGUGGUGCGGGUCAGGAAGUCCAAAGGGAGGUAUGCCUACCUGCUGGAGUCCACCAUGAACGAGUACAUCGAGCAGAGAAAACCCUGUGACACCAUGAAGGUGGGAGGGAACCUGGACUCCAAGGGUUACGGAGUGGCCACGCCCAAGGGAUCGGCACUAAGAAUCCCCGUAAACCUAGCGGUGUUGAAACUCAAUGAGCAAGCCAUCUUAGACAAACUAAAGAACAAAUGGUGGUACGAUAAGGGAGAGUGUGGAAGCAAGGACUCCGGAAGAAAGGACAAGACCAGCGCUCUGAGCCUCAGCAAUGUGGCUGGGGUGUUCUACAUCCUGAUUGGAGGGCUGGGGCUGGCCAUGCUCGUGGCCUUGGUCGAGUUCUGUUACAAGUCCAGGAUCGAGUCGAGGAGGAUGAAGCAAAUCAUCGAUGCAGCCAUGCUGAGUUCCACCCUGAGCCGGAUGACCAGGACAGGAAGCGGGGGCGAGAAUGGACGAGUGGUCGCCCAUGACUUCCCCAAAGCAUCACAGACUCUCCCCUGCAUGAGCCAGGCCGCGGGCAUGUGAUGGGGCAGUCCUUCCUCUGCACAGACCCCACCAAAAAGAGGAAUGGAAAAGAGGAGGGGGGGUGUUGCACUGUGGCUUGACUACUGCCAAUAGGAUUCACUGACUGCUCACUCUGAAGAUAGAAACAACAAACAAAAUCACUUUUGUAAAGAGACGGUUUAUUUGGAUCUUUCCUGCUGCAAUAAAGAUGGCUGUCUUGGACUUGA